CUCAACAAUCUCAAGCUCUAGUCUCAUAGUGCACAUCUUCUGUCUCAUUAGAUAUCACAGAAAUGGAUUCAAUGUAUGAAAAUUCUAGUUUCAUACUUUCAACAGUUGCUUCAGAUGUAAAAUGCUCUCAAUACAAAGGUAACUCCACCGAAAUGCAAGAAAAUGAGAGAGAGGUUUAUCUCCCUAAGUGGACUAAAGUUCUCCUGAUUGUUUUUGCUGUCUGUCUGCUUUUUGCUCUUGGAGGUCUCUGUAUUAUGGGGAUACUGUAUGUCCAUGUUUCAAUGCAAUUGUCUGCACAGAAAACUAACAACACAAUCAUGACAAGACAGCUUGAGGAACUUACAACCAAUUACACCAGAGUUAGAGAACAACUCAACAUCAAUAACAUCAUGGUGAGAAAGUCUGAGGAACUUAAGGCCAACUACACCAAAGUUAGAGAACAACUGUCCUUUUAUGAAGCCUUUAAAGCUCAGUCUUUGAACUGUGACAUGACCUCAACAACUUUUAAAGGAAAGUUGUACUUCUUCAGCUGUGAUAAACUGAACUGGCUAUGCAGUCGUGCUUUCUGUGUCUCAAAAGGAGCUGAUCUGGUCACCAUAACCAGCCAAACAGAACAGAGGUUUCUGCUUUCUAAAAUUAAAGACUGGAACUGGAUUGGCCUCAAUGAUCUGGAAACUGAAGGACACUGGGUUUGGGUGAAUAACCAAACUCUCAAUGAAACUGGAGUACAGUUUUGGCACAAGAGGACAUCUGAGAAAAGUGAACCUGAUAACUGGAAAGAAGACGAUCACACUGGAGAAAACUGUGCAAUUGUGAAAAAUGAUGUCAACUAUUUAGACAGAUGGUUUGAUGUUUCUUGCAAUUAUCAGAUGAAGUUUAUCUGUGAAAAGAAAUAUCAGUUUGCCUCUGUCACUGAUGCUAAUCAUUCUGAUGGGAAUGAUUAUAGGUGCAUUUCCAGAAUGCUGAAUGUUCCUGUGAGUACUGUGGGGGCCAUUAUCCGAAAAUGGAAAGAGCAUCAGUUCACCAUAAACCGGCCACGAUCAGGUGCUCCACGUAAGAAACCUGUCCGAGGAGUCCAAAGAAUAAUCAGGAGAGUUCUCCAAGAGCCAAGAACCACUCAGGCAGAACUUCAGGAAGACCUUGCAUCAGCAGAGACCAUCACAUAUUCAAACGUGCAGUUUAUAGAUAUUCUAGAGGUCUUAACAGAGGACCCAAGAACCGGGGACCCGACCCGGGACCCGUACGGGUUCGGACUGGGAGUCGUUCCAAAAAAAGCUAAGGAUGCCAUUGCGGAAAAAUGCACAAAAGUGUGUGCGAAGGAUUUAAGGGCCUUUAGCAUGUUUGAAACACCCACGUUCAUUGAGCUGGCUCAAACAAUAUUGGACACGGGAUCAACACAUGGCCGGUGUAAUGUGAAGGACCUACUUCCAUCUGGUGUGACGUUAUCCCGUUUCACACAAAAGAAAUAUGAAAGUCUCACGGCAGAGCUCCUCCCAACAAUUAAGAAAGCCAUAGCUGAGGGGCUGGCAUGUGGAGCAUCCACAGAUAUGUGGACAGAUGACCACAGAAAGGUCAGUUACAACUGCAUCACACUGCAUUACAUAGAUGAUAACUGGGAGUUUAAUAAUAAGAUUGACAGACUGGUGUUUGUCAGUGACCAAGCUGCAAAUGUGCAGGCAGCACUCUCCCAAUGGGUGCACAAAAGCUGUUUAGCACACAUACUGAAUACCGUGCUAAAGCACACUUUUAAGAAGUCUAAUGAAGGUGAUGAAGAAGAAGAUGGAAAUGAGGAAGAACUGCAACAAGUAAGAGCCUGCAUUGAGCAAUGCAAGACCCUGACAACAUUUUUCAAACACUCUGGAUUACAACUUAGACUCAAGCAGUCUUUGAAACAAGAAUGUGAAACAAGAUGGAACACUAAACUGGAGAUGGUCAAAUAUGUGCUUAAUGCAUUUGUUGACAUUCAGUCCAUUCUGUUUGAACGAGGAGAGAUGCAUCGCAUGAGUCACAUUUCCAAAGACAUUCUUCAGAUGCUGAUCCAUUUCCUGCAGCCUUUCAAGGAGGCAACUGAAGAGCUCAGUGGAUCAAAAUAUUGUACAAUAAACUUGGUGGCCCUCUGGAAAUCCACUCUCCUUACCCAUUGCCAGUUGUCCCAAGAUGAUCCACUGCCACUUAGGAUAAUGAAACAUAGGUGCAUGGGACUUAUUUCUGAACGGAUUGUUUUGGGACACCACGAAAAGCUCGGUGUGCUGCUCUGGCCAAAAUUCAAGCAGCUUUGGAUGUUCACCCCAGAAGAGAAAAAGGAAAUAUAUGAAAGUGCAUGUAGAGAGUUGGCCAGCCUCCCUAAAAGAGCUGCUACAACUGAGGUGAAUGCCCAACAAAACCAAGUAGAAGAUACAGAGAUGGCUAGGUCAGUACCACCACCAGGACCAGUGCCACUCUUUAGCCAGUGGCCGGACAUAGAGAAUGCUGAACUGGACACAGGACUUGACGAACUCCACAGAAAUGGGCCAAAUGGGCCAAAAUGGACUAAAGUUAUUCUGAUUGUUCUGGGUUUCUCUCUUGUUUUUGCUCUUGGAGGUCUCUGUGCUUUGUUGAUGGUUUAUAAAAACACGCUUGCCAAUUUUGAAUCACUGAACAAGAAGCACGUUAUGGUUUCAAUGCAACUGUCAGCUCAAGAGAAGAACGGCACAGCCAUGAAGAAAGAGUUUAAUGAUCUUACAGCCAGAUACAACUCACUUAAAGAAAGGCUGUCCUUUUUUAAAGCUCAGUCUUGUAAUCUGUCUGUGGAUGGCUGGAUAGCUUGCCGUGGAAAGCUGUAUUUAUUCAGCUCUGAUAAACUGAACUGGUCAAGAAGUCGAGAGGUGUGUGUUUCUAAAGGAGCCGAUCUAGUCACCAUAACCAGCCAAACAGAACAGGAUGUUCUGGUCUCUAAAAUUAAACAGACGCAUUGGAUUGGUCUCAAUGAUCUGGAAACUGAGGGACGCUGGGUUUGGGUGAAUAACCAAACUCUCACUGAAACUAAAGUACAGUUCUGGUUCAGUGAGAAGCAGAGGGAACCUGAUAACUGGAGUAAACAGGAUCCGUCUGGAGAGAACUGUGCCAGUCUGGGAGAUGACAAUGGCAACUUUCAAUCUUGGUUUGAUGCUUCUUGUAAAAAAAAGAAAAAGUUUAUCUGUGAAAAGAAAUAUCGGUUUACCCCCAUCAGUGACAGCAAUUAAAAGAUCUGUUUAUAUGUGCGCACAAAACAAGGCUCUUUUGGAUUUGCUUACUCGUGUCAUACAAAUGUUGUAUUUUUCCUCCAGUGAAUUUAAAAAAUCUCAUGUGAAUAAACAGCGCUAGCACCAUUUCAAAAUGAUCAAAUUCUGUUUUGCGUCUAAAAUAAAAGCUCAUUAGGCCUAACCUUUAAGGAUCUUAUAAGACUUGUGUGCUAUAAUGUAUAAUGUAAAUGUAAUGUGCGCUACAGCUAUUUCCUUAAGCAAAAAAGUAGGUUUUUGUGAGAAACAGGAUGCAAUUUAAUUACUGAUUGUUUUGUAUUUUGUUCCAUUUUUGUUAUAGAUUAUAUAUAUUGUUGUAUUUUGUGUAUAAUUAUGUAAUUUUUGCCUGUUCUGUCACUUUUAAUUUUCGUCGCAAGAAGUCACUAAUGCAGCUCUAUUGAUAUUAAAUUGCUUGUGAAGUUCUUAAUUUGUAAGUCGCUUUAAUGAUAAAAAGAGUGUAAUAAAUAACUAAAUGUAAGAAAAGCCUUGUAGAAAGUGGGUUAGUGACACAGGAAAUGCUGCAGAAAUUGAUCUGUCGCUAAUCUUUAUAUUCAGUUUUGCUACAAAAUUUUUUGUCUGUAUUAAUAAGAAUGACACUUCAUGUGACUUCCUUAUUCUAAGCAAUCUCAAGCCGCACUCAAGUCUCAGCAGAUGCGUCUUCUGUCAGGCUCAUAAAAUGGAUUCCGACUAAAAUUCUGGUUUCCUAUUUUUAACAACUGAUAUCAUCAGUAUGCAAUUUCUAUUCUAAAGAUUUUGCACUGUAGUAAUUGUGCUUUCUUACAUUCAUCCAACAAUUACACAUUUAGCAGUUGCUUUUGUCUAAAGUGACUAAUAUUGCAUUCAGGUGGGUUUUGCACCUUAUUUUUUUCUUUUUUUAAUAAAAUCAUGUGAACAGA